AUUUGAAAAGGCGGAAAUACAGAUUGUUGGGCUACUGAUUUGUUUCGGUGUUUGAUGUUUCACACAAAUGUUCCCAACCUCAGGUUUUUUUCAGGAGUUGCUGUGCCCAGCCUUCAGUGAAGGAAACUGCGAUAGACCAUAUUGCCAUUUCAAUCAUUUUGAUGGGCAAAGUGUUCCUGAGGAAAACAUACUAUCUAUAACGAAAUCAUGUAAGCCCUCUGUUGAUCCUGUAUAUAAACCGACCCCUAUCAGUGUUUUGGAAAAACGUACUGAAAAUUCACAAAACUACCUUGAUAUUGAGUGUAAUAAGAAUGCCACUUGUGUGCAAAGUGUUUAUGAAGAACCCAUUCCUGUUUAUCAACCAACUCCAAUAAGUGAAUUGGAAAAAUAUGCGCCUAAUUCCUUGUCUGAUUAUGGAUUUUCUAAGGGAUUUAUACCACAAGAUCAGCCAUCAUACUCUCCUGUGGUCAAGAUAAAAACAAUACCUUCGCCUUCUCCAUUUUCAUAUCAGCCUUCUCCUUCGGUUACAGAAUCAUCUGCCUCUUCGUAUGCUAAAGAAGUUAUUAACAUUAACGUAGACUCGGAUGAGGAUACUCCUUCUCCGACUGUUGCUCAGGAUAAUCCUGGUGACUUACGAACUGUAUCUGUGGCUAAAGGUGUUCAAAAUUCACGAAAUGAUAAGCUGAAAACUCAUGGAUCACCUAUACAUAGUGUAAAAUCAAAGCGUAAAGUGAAGGUUUUCAAAAACAAAGAAGUAACCAUUCCCAAUGAACUAAAUGUCACAAAGACUAGUGACGAAAAGUCUGUGGAUAGUACAGACAAGGAUAAUGAAGAUGACAGCAAUUGCACACUUUCUAAACGUCAAAAAAUCUUAUCUCUUUAUCAAGACUUAUACGGUGAUAUUGAUAACGAUAGCUCGAUAGAUAAAAACAGUCUUCCCAAGAAUGCUUCAAAGUCUGCUACGCUUAUUCCACCGUACAUGAGUCCAGUUUUUAAAAAGCCUGAGACGGCAAGUAUAGAUAAGAAGAGCGAUAAUGUUAUUGCUUCAGGAAAUGUACAACAUGAAUAUGUUACAAGACCUCGUAUUCCACUACGCAAAAGUGACAAAAUUCCCAUGCCAAUUAGAACUCGCUAUUUGGACCAAUUUAUUGAAGAGUGCCUUUUAAUAUAUGACCAUCCCUCUGAUGCAUACAAGCGUGCUCUUGAAGAUGAACAAGCUUGUCAUGAAAAAGCAGGUAGUCGAAUGGCAUAUUUAAAUGCUGUAAUCCAACGGCUAAAAUGUCUGAAAGCAGAAAAAAAAUCCAUACAAUUAGGUGAAAAAUCGAAAAUUUCAUCCAAUCUGACGGUAGUUACACGUCCUGCAAUCACUAGUUCACAUUUAUCUGCUUAUGAUUCAAAUAAUAAUGCUAAGAAAGAUGAUGCUGAGGAAAAACUUGACCGUUUAGUUAAAGGACCUCUUCUGUAUAGUCAAUUAACAUCUUAUUUAUUAUCGGAGGAAGAUUUGUUAGCAAAUGGUUAUCCUCUCGAAUUAGUAGAAAAUGACACAAUUAUUCGUGGGAAGGCUGCUCUGUGUUUACCAGAAAAUAAGAGUCAGUUAUAUGGUAAUUGUCAAUCUAACGAACGAGUAUGUUGUCGUUGUGGUACACGAUUUCUUGUUGAUGAAUAUGGAUACUCUUUAACUCAGGGCGAAUGCAUUUACCAUUGGGGUAAAGCUGUGAAACAACGAAGUUUUGGUCAAGGAUUUGAUUUACGAUAUUUAUGUUGUAAUGGUGAUAUUGGUCAACCAGGCUGUCAAAUCUGUCCUAAAGGUCAUGUUCACGAUGCUAAUAAAUGGUUAGAUAAUGAAGGUUUUGUUAUUACAUUGCCACCACUUCCAAAAUCACAAGAAUAUGAUGAAGAUAAUGACAAUAAUUCAAGUUGUAAUGUGUACGCUCUUGAUUGUGAAAUGGUUUAUACAACUGGUGGUUGUGAACUAGCUAGAAUUACUAUUAUCAAUCCAAAACUUCAAGUUAUUCUCGAUGAAUUUGUUUGUCCAGACAAUCCAAUUAUUGACUGUAAUUCACGUUUUUCUGGUUUAAAAUUAGAAGAUAUAGAACAGGCAAAAUAUCAUAUUACUGAUAUUCAAGCAAAAUUAUUGCAUUUAUUCGAUUCGGAUACAAUAUUAAUUGGUCAUAGUUUAGAAAGUGAUUUAACUGCCCUUAAAUUGAUACAUAAGAAAAUUGUCGAUACUUCUAUUGUAUUUCCGCAUCGUUUAGGUUUACCAAAGAAACGAGCUUUAAGGAAUUUAGUUAGUGAAAUACUUCAACAAAUUAUACAACAAGAUGAGAAUGGUCACAACAGUAUGGAGGAUGCUGUUGCCUGCAUGCAACUUGUUCAACACAAAGUCAAAGAAGAUUUACGUUGUGGAAAGUGGAAUUUUCCUUAAUAAAAUUUAUCUGUGAUUAUACAAUCAAAUAUAAACAUUUUUUGUUUAAUCCAAUUUUCUUAUUACCUUUCAAAAGACUUAUGCACUGAACUUUUCUAUAAAAAAAGACUUACUAAUUACAUUUGUUAUUGUAAAUAUUCACUAUGAUAAGCCUGUAGUUAGGAAAAUAUAAAUACUGAUUUCAUACUUGAAAUUGGAAUUAUCCUUUCCAUUCCUCAUUGUUCUUCUCUUUUUGUUUUGUACUCUUCAGGUCGAUUUACACUGUGAUCGCUAAUAAUUAGGUGAAUACUAUUUGAUUAGUUUAUUUUGUUACAUCGUUUAACAAAAUUUAUUAGUUCUAACCAAAAAAUGUACUCUUUUUAGUCGAAGAUGAUAUUAUUUGAAAAUUUGGCCCAAGUACUCAAAUUUCCUGUUUUUGUUAACAUAAACCGACAUUUAGGUAAGUAGUAUUUGGCAAAAGUCAUUUUAUGUAAUGAUAUGAAUAAUAAUGUUCACAGCGGAACUUAAUAUAGCGAAGUUCAUCAGUUUCUCUGUGUUAAUAGCCUUUUUUAAAAUAAAUCCACUUGUGUGACCCAUCAACCAAUGUUUUGUUGAUAAUAACAUUUCGUCCUUACGAUGCUCUGUAACCCGAUAGGCCAAUUGACUAAUCAGUAGGUCGUUUCCUUCAAAAAACUUUAUCCCUCGUCGAUGUAGUAAAUAUAUAAAACCGGUGUAUUACGGAGAAUUAUAAGUGUAGGAAAGUUCGAAAGAAAAUAACAAGAAAUGGUAUGUUUGACUGCGAACGCAGGUGAAUUGACGCCUUCGAUUACUGAAACUUGAACAAGCUAGUCACGAGAGCUUUGCUUUGCAUAAACGACCAAUUUACACCAUUUUGGUUUAAUGUUAUACGUAAUUCUAAAUAAAUAUUUUAGUGACGUGAUCAGAUGAAUUCACUUGUUCAGGAGUAUUACUGUUAAUUUAUUUAUAUAACUUAUAUUAGCUGGUUGAUGAGUCUCCAGAUUUCUAAUUAUUGAUAUCACGUACCUCCAACCACCGUCUAACUCAACCAACAAUGUCUGGGAUAAGAGAAGGUUGAAAGACAGGAGCAACAAAACAAGAACAGGAUCAAUCUACAAAAUCAUUAUGCCACCCCAAGUCAUUUUUACCUUACCGGGUUCAUCGAGACCAGUGGCUGGAAACUUUGAGUGACGUGGUUAAAAUUGGUUACAGAAGCUUUCACUCUCUAUCUUACCUUAAGUUUUGUCUCAGUGUCAUUUCCUUUCUUUAUUUUCUUGUUUUAUCCAUUCUUUUCGGACAAUCUUUCUACUACCAUUGAUACUACUAUAACUUUGGAAACUUUACAACUCAUCUCGCUAUGUUGGUGUGACUUGGCAACUUAAGUCGAUGCUUGUUUAUUGUGUUGGUUAGGACUGAUUGGCCGGGUAAAUUCAAUUUCGUCCAAGUAAAUUUCGAACUGCUAUUUCUGACUCCGUAGAAGGAUUCUAAUAGUUUAGGAUAAAAUAAACGUUCAUAAGAAGUUAACAGACCAUGCAUAGUCCGUAUCAAUGCAUGUGAAGUUAUAUUUGAUCGUACCAGUAAUCAGCAAAUGUGUAAAGGCUGAUAAAACACAGAGGAGAGACAAUAUGAGGGCACUGAAUAUUGAUAAGUGAGAGGAUUAUUAUGAUUAUAGGAACGGAUUUGGACUGAAGGCAUAUGAAUUAACAGUAAAUGCGAUUUUCUCGGUACCUUACCCCCUACUGAACUGUGGAAUAUGAAAAAAACAGCACCUGACCUGUGGAUUAUUAUUCACCAAAAGUACCACUAUAUACAUUUUAAAUAUAGAAUUCUGACAACCAGCGGAACAAAAAGCCAUCCGAAAAAGGCAGGAAAUACGCAAAUAUACAAUCACCGCGACAGACUAAUAUAGUGUCCAUUAAUAAGACUAAACAUGAUACAAACAGGCCGAAAGUAGUUUACAUGACUUAAAAAUCGGCAAGACUUCAGCCAAAUUCCCAAGGGUAUACUGAACGAGGCCAUUACAAACUGCAGAAAGUCCACAUGGACAGAGCAGUAUUCUAGUCGCCAUAUUUCUUAACCUAGUGCCAUACAAACUAGGCUUGAUGGAUGAUCUAUUCUAUAUAAUCAAAUCUCGACCGUUGUUGCUACGUUGACGUGGUGGUCGGGCUUGUCUGUCGUUGUGAAACAAACCGAGCUAUACUGGCUUGAACAACCGUUCCUCAAGGUCCUA